AAGUGACCCGAUCCGCGGGAGGGAAACCACGAAGAAGUGCGGUGCGGCGCUUUGCUAGCUCGACCACGGUUACGUCGAGGAAAUUCUCUGAUAUUAUUUGCAGCUCCCCCAGAGUGCCGCGGGGAUCGUCGACGCUGUCGUGAGCCGCCGCCAACAUGCCGGCCGCACUCACGGACGCCAGUCAGAUCAUCUGCGAGGUGUGGGCCAGCAACUUGGACGACGAGAUGAAGAAAAUCCGAAAGAUCGUCCAGAGCUACAACUACAUCGCCAUGGACACGGAGUUCCCCGGCGUGGUGGUGCGGCCGAUCGGCGAGUUCCGCAGCACGGUGGACUACCAGUACCAGCUGCUGCGCUGCAACGUGGACCUUCUGAAAAUCAUCCAGCUGGGCCUGACCUUCAUGAACGAGGACGGCGACUACCCGCACGGCACCACCACCUGGCAGUUCAACUUCAAGUUCAACCUUACCGAAGACAUGUACUCUCAGGACUCGAUCGACCUUCUGCAGAACUCCGGUCUUCAGUUCAAGAAGCAUGAGGAGGAAGGCAUCGACACGCUCUACUUCGCAGAGCUUCUCAUGACGUCGGGCCUGGUGCUGUGCGACAACGUCAAGUGGCUCUCCUUCCACAGCGGGUACGACUUCGGCUACCUGGUAAAGCUGCUAACGGAUGCCAGGCUGCCCGAGGAGGAGCACGACUUCUUCCACAUCCUCAACCUCUUCUUCCCCGCCAUCUACGACGUCAAGUACCUGAUGAAGAGCUGCAAGAACCUCAAGGGCGGCUUACAAGAAGUGGCCGACCAGCUGGAGUUGAAGCGUAUCGGGCGGCAGCAUCAGGCGGGUUCUGACUCGCUGCUUACCGGCAUGGCUUUCUUCAGGAUGAAAGAGCUCUUCUUCGAAGACAACAUCGACGACGCCAAGUACUGCGGCCGCUUGUACGGCCUGGGCUCGGGCUCCACGCAACCCCAGAACGGCAUCGCCAGCUCGGGCCAGGAGGAGAGCAACAAUAAGCACUGACUCCCGGCUUCUCACUUUUUGCACUUGUUUUAAAAACCUUUUAAAUCCAACAAUUUUUUUUCCGUUUUGGGUUCGCUUGUUGUCGUUAGCGAGCGUGGGACCACAACACCAGCGCCUGUUUUUCUUACCAAGCUGCGAUCACUCAGUUUUUAAAGUGAACGCCGGUAGGGCCCCACCACCCAUUGUAAAUUUCUAAUGUAUCAUUUUUCAAAGAAAAGAAAUAAAAAAUGUUUUAGAAUUUUUCUCCAGAUGUUAAGAGAGAACAUUUUAAACGCAUGCGUCCGUUUUUUGUCCGGGCCAAACUACUGUCGGCGUGAAGAUGUGACCGUUGUUUUUACGUUCUGACUUGUUUUAAACUGUUGUACAUUAAAUUGUUUUGUAUUUUCAAA